AUGGUUAGCGACUUCUUCUUUCCCCAGCCAGGCGGUGUUGAAAGCCAUAUUUAUCAAUUGUCUACAAAACUGAUUGAUCGCGGUCACAAAGUAAUCAUUAUCACUCAUGCAUACAAAGGCCGGACCGGAGUCCGGUAUCUCACCAAUGGCCUCAAGGUCUAUCAUGUGCCUUUCUUCGUUAUCUACCGCGAAUCAACCAUGCCGACGCUCUUCUCCUUCUUCCCCAUCUUUCGGAAUAUUAUCAUUCGUGAACAAAUUCAAAUCGUACAUGGCCAUGCUAGUCUGAGCAACUUUUGCUCUGAAGGAAUCCUCCAUGCGCGUACAAUGGGGCUGAGAACGGUGUUGACCGACCAUUCUUUAUUUGGGUUCGCCGACGCUGGAUCGAUCCUCACAAACAAGCUGCUGAAAUUCAUUUUGAGUGACGUGGAUCACGUCAUUUGCGUCAGCCAUACUUGCAAGGAAAAUACGGUGCUGCGAGCCUCAUUGGACCCUUUGAUGGUAUCGGUCAUACCUAACGCCGUUGUCGCAGAUAACUUUCGGCCUUUAUCGUAUCCACCUGCAGAAAGCAGUGUUGGUCCUGCGCUACGACCUGCUCCUCAAGUUAUCGGCCCUAAUGACACAAUUACGAUAGUGGUGAUAUCGCGCCUAUUUUAUAACAAGGGAAUUGAUCUUCUCAUUGCGGCUAUCCCUCGAAUUUUGGAAUCGCAUCCAAAUGUACGCUUCAUUAUUGGGGGGUCUGGUCCCAAAGCGAUUGACUUGGAACAAAUGCUGGAAAGGAAUAUGUUACAAGAUAAGGUGGAGAUGCUGGGUCCUGUGCGGCACGAGGAAGUUCGAGAUGUAAUGGUUAAAGGCCAUAUCUACCUGCAUCCGAGCUUAACAGAAGCAUUUGGAACGGUAUUAGUGGAGGCCGCAAGCUGUGGUCUUUAUGUUGUAUGCACUCGCGUGGGAGGUAUUCCUGAGGUAUUACCACAACACAUGACUACGUUCGCCAAGCCUGAGGAAGAUGACCUAGUCCUGGCAACUGGGAAAGCAAUUGCGGCACUUCGAUCUAAUAAAGUGCGAACGGAACGUUUCCAUGACCAAGUCAAGAUGAUGUACUCGUGGACAGACGUUGCGCGACGAACAGAGCGUGUUUACAAUGGUAUAUCAGGCGCAAUAAGCGAGUUAGAAUUCUACGGCCACUAUCCUGAUGCUGGUUGGGACGUGGUUCGAGGACGAACACGUAGCUUUGCUUUAAUUGACCGGUUGAAGCGCUACUACGGAUGCGGUGUCUGGGCUGGCAAGUUGUUCUGCAUGUGUGUCGUGAUUGACUAUUUGCUAUUUGUCUUUUUGGAAAUGUUAUGGCCACGAGCCAAUAUCGAUAUUGCUCGAAGCUGGCCUAAAAAGCCAGUUCCACACCCAGAUGCAGCAGCGGCAAUGACUGGCAAUAUGACACGAAGUACGAGGGAACGCCUGCGUGCUAUCUCCUAA